AUGGGUCACUAAGUAGGCCCAUAAUCAGCACUACGACGUCGUUAUCUCAAACAAGAAAUUAGCCUUUCGCUUCUCCGCCUUCCCUCCCCGUCUUUUACAGCGCGCCUCCGUCUUCUUCGUCGCCGAUAUCAGAUUCAGCGGUAAAUCCCGAGUGAGAAGAACUCGAGAGAAGCUCGAUCGCUCGGAAUAUUGAUCCAGCAGAGCUCAUCAUCGUCGCAAGUUGCAGAGCAAUCACAGAUAGACGGCAGAGGAGGAGAAUGCAGUUCUUCGGAGGCUCCGACAUCAGUCCAUCCCCGCCGGCGCCCACCGCGCCGGGGAACAAUGCGCACAUGAUUUAUGUAUUCAAUCGGAAUGGCGUGUGCUUGUUGUACAAAGAGUGGAAUCGGCCACUUCACACUCUGAACGCGCAACAGGACCACAAGCUCAUGUUCGGUUUGCUCUUCUCCCUCAAGUCAUUGACUGCCAAGAUGGAUCCCACGAGUGCUGAGAAAGGGAACCUUGGGGUGCCUCAGUUACCUGGCCAGGGUUGUUCUUUUCACAGCUUUCGUACUAAUACAUACAAGCUGAGUUUCAUGGAAACUCCUUCUGGGAUAAAGAUAAUCUUGGUAACUCAUCCUAAAACUGGUGAUCUAAGAGACUCCCUCAAGUACAUUUACAACCUGUAUGUGGAAUAUGUUGUGAAGAACCCACUGUACACUCCUGGAGCCCCUGUCAGGUAACGAAUUGCCUCUCGUCAUUUUCAUGGUGUGAUAACGUGUUUUGACCUUUCACGAGAUUGAUCAUCUGCGCUUAGAUAUGUUAAACCUUGAAAUGUGAGUUUAAUUGUAAUGGUGACCAGAACUUGUGGUACAACCACACGGGAAUGGGUGAAAACUGCUAGAUCAGAUUACAAGGAGCUGUGUGUGUGAUUGGUUCACUAACUUGAAAGUUGCAACCAUAUAAUCCUAAAUCCUUUUGGGGUUAAACUAAGACUACAUUACUAGUGAUCUGCAGCGAUCAGCUCAUAAUGCCGAAAGUGAUUGCUGUUACACAAUGAAGCACGGCUUUUGACCCAGUAUGAUCAAUGCUAACAGUUCACUUUAUUUCUCCGCACAGUUGUGAACUUUUCAACACUGCUCUUGACCAAUACGUAAGAAGCAUCGCUUAAACAAUCAUGCAUGCAUUGGAAGUAGCUGCUAUCGAAUUGUGGGGAAUCAUACAUCACCGUGGCUAUGCUGUGCCUAGAAAGAAGGAACAGGUACAAAUUUGGCUUUGAAGUACUUCCUGGAGCAACUCCUUUCGAGGAUAGGAGUCGAGAAUGUGCUGCAGAUAGUUCGUCGAUACAUUUGACUUGAUGUACACGUUCCUCUUAAGACUAUUGUGCUGCUACUGAAAGUGGUAGGCUUGUUUGUGGUAUUGCCUUUGUGAAUCCAUUGUUCCCAGUGACCUUGCUCUGGUUUCUUCCAUCGACAGCUUGAAUCUAAUUGCGUGUUCUGAUAGCACCAUCAGUCAUCACUAAAUGGUAGGAUGAGUAGUGUAAAAAAUAGUUGCCAUACAAGAUAGAUGACAAUUGCAUUUU